UGAUAUCACCGGUGACGUCAUCCUUGGUGAAGCAGCGCUUCAGUCAAUCGCUGACGGCCAGUGUAUGACAACGUAUCUUCUUCAGAACUGAAAAAAUAAGGCAACAAUGUCUCAUUCCGUGACAAUUAGAACACAAACAGUGACGGCUAGUUCGUCAACGAUUGUCAUCAACACUGGCUAUUUAAAAAGUUGGAGUGGUAUUUUAAAAUUCCUACAAUUGGCGCUGGGCAUAGUUUGCGUAGGGAUUAUUGGUAACGAAUUUAAUACUUAUCCUCCUCGGACUACGCCAGAGUGCUUCUUUCUUGUCAUAACGAUUACUUUUAUGAUUAACACUUCCAUACUUCUUCUCAGUUGUUUGAUAUCUCUUUCUACUGCAUCUAUCAUAUCAAAAACGAUCUAUGAACUCCUUUAUCAUUCCAUUGCAUUUGGAUUAUUACUUGCGGCCUCAUUGACGCUAUUGGUGCACGUCAAUAAUUAUAGGCGUUAUAACUACGAAUUGUUGUUAGGUGCAUCUAUUUGCGGUCUAGUAAAUGCCGGUUUGUAUCUCUUCAGCACGAUUCUUGCCCUUCGUACUUAUAGAGGGUUCUAAGCGAUUCAAUUAUACGACAACGAUUUUUUUUAAAUGAAAAAAUGACUCUUAUCACGUUUGGUUUUUACAAACCAAAUUUAUAUAUUGUAUAAGAAUUUUAUUUAAUUAAAUUAAUAUAUGCAUAUAUAUAUAUAUAUAAGUUGCGUAUAUAAUAUAAUAAAUUUUGACUUUGUCUAAUAUGUUAAAUAUAUGGAUAAUGAUAAAAUGGUGAAGAAUAUUUCUCCGUUUUAUAUGUUUCAUAAAUCUUCGAGACAGUAUUCUUAUACUCUUCAUUUUUAUACGAUAAUCAUUGACCUGUAGACAAAAUUACAAAACUGUAAUGUUCGCUAUAGAAAUGUCAUCUAAUUAUUUAUUUUAAUUUUAAGUAUAUAAAAGAAUUUUUAUACUUAAAAAAUUGUUUUUCUUUUUCACAUAAUAUAAAUAGCGGGUUUGGUUUUCUUUUCUCAUAAUAUAAAUAGCGAAAAAUAUACGAUUUCUCUUUACGUUAUCUAAAAUUUCAAUUUGUCUGAAUUUCUUAUUGUAUAUGUUUUAGAUCGAAAUGUGCAUUUAUAUUACAUUCUUGAUUUAUAUAACUCACUUUAUAUAUUACGACGUUUGAUUAUGAUUUUUACGACUAAUAUAACUUUAUGGAAUACAUAGUAUGUAGAUAUAUUUAUUUUAUGCGUGUAUAUAAUAUUUAUGUUUGUUAAGUGAAUAUUCGAAUAUGUAAACAUGUACGAUUUAAUUUUUACUAGGAUUUAAACAGAGAAUCGAACAAAUUUGACGUGGUUGAUAAAUCAUAAAUUGAUCAAUCAAUUAUAGAUUAUAAAUCAUUGUGUUAUUUUUAUUUUUUCUCUGUAUAUCAUUGGAAAAACAUUCUAAGUGACGAUACAACAUUUUUUCAAUCUUCACAGAUAAUAAGUUUUCCAAAUUAUGUACUGGUUUUUUCCUGUUAGUACAUUCUAUGUAUAAUGGAAAAUAAAACAUAUUUUGAAACAU